AUGUUGUUCAGCACGAUAUCUUCGCUUGCUAUUGUGGUCCUUGCUGGCCAGGCUAUUGCAGAGCCUAUACGUCAACCGUAUAAGCCAAAGCUUGCCCAUAUGUCGCCUAGAGCUAUAUUUGGUCUCGAUCGUCGUGCGAAUGGUGGAUAUGCGCCCGAGCAGCAGUUUUGCGAGGAUGGCGAUACUUGUGCCGAAGCGUGCGGUAAAGGUUUUGAACAGUGCGCUUCUAAGGAUAGUGUUGUACACUGCUUCAAUAAGACUGCUAAGCAGACUUGCUGCCCUGGAAAAACUGGAGAAUCUUGCGAUAAAGGCUUCUUCUGCACAGCAGAUGAUAAAGGUGCCACUUGGUGCUGUCCCGAUAAUAUGACAUUGGAGCAGUGCGCAGACGCCUAUAACCUUCCUGGUUCCCUUGUGACGCAAACAAGCCCAUCCACCACUAAACCUAAGUCGUCGCACACGUCUACGACCCUUGCUUCCACCACUACUGCUAAGAGUGUUAGUACAUCAGCUAAGGCCGCUGCAAACACUACAAGUACUAGAACUACUGCAAGCCCUACAAGCACGACUAGCACUGCCACAUCUCAGGAUAGCGAAUCCUCUACCUUGGCCGCCCCUGCGAACACCACCCCUGGCCCCGAAACCACGGCCGCGCCGGCCACUCCUUCGCCCACAAUCCCUGCGAAUGGCAUCGCCACAGCUGGAAGUGAUAGUAAUUAUGGUUCCAUAAACAGUAUAAUGCUUCUUGCUAUGGCUGCUUUUGCUGCUCUCCUCUAA